AUGUCUCCUGGCGAACGCGGCAAAACCGGUGCCAGAAACAGGGGCGGGAACUGUGCUGGCGGUAGCCCUAGUCAAGCCAGCCGGAAAACGAUCAAGUCAGGUCCUAAACAGGUGUCACGAACUACCGCAGCCCGACCAGCAACAGGCUCACGGUCUGCAGUCUCGAGGUCUACCGCUGGCUCCAGGACUGCCACCGCUGGCUCCAGGACUGCCACCGCUGGCUCCAGGACUGCCACCGCUGGCUCCAGGACUGCCGCCUCUAGAUCUACGGGGUCUAGGUCUACAGGCGCCUCAAGGCCUACAGCCGCCACGAGGGGAGCAACAUCCCCGCGUAAAACCAAGGCUGCCCCAAAGCGUUCGCCAUCGAAGAAGAAAGCUUCGAGACCCAAGGCCAAAACCAAGACAGGGAAUACGGCGGUCGAUCAGCAAAUUGCACUGCCAUCAAGGCUAGGGAUUGUAGGCAGUAACUUGGCCACCAAACGCAAGGUUCCCACUUGCGCACAUUAUGGCACACAUAUCAUUCAAAACAACUUCUUCGGCUGGGUCGACCAAACACAGACUUCAUUACGACCGGAGCCUGACCUGUGUAACAACAGAGCGUCACUGCAGAUCAUGACCUUGGACGACCUGGACGAACUGGAGAACGGCCUGCACGAACUAGAUGAGCCGCUGGAACAAGCAUUGGAUCAAACGUUGAGUACAAUACCCGGUCAGUGUCUAGGUUUGCACUCCGGCUUAGAUUCCGGUCUGGACUCAGGUGUAGAUUCAAGUGCACAUUCAGCUGUAGACUCAGAUGUAAAUUCCGGAGUAGGCGACACAGAUUCGGACCCACGUUCAGGACCGAACUCCAGCUUAGGUUCUGGUUCUCAGUUAGGUUCGGAUCCUGUGUUAAGAUCGGACUCCCAGUUAAGUUCACACGAUGUGUCUGGUCAAGUACAGAAAGUGGACUUCGCUCAAUGUCUCAACAGAGAUCUGAUACCACUCAGAAACUCAGGUGAGAUCGAACUGAACAGGUCUACACGUGCUGUCUCGCCAGUUAGCACGGCGGUUAACUCGGCGGUUAACUCAGUUAAUGAGUUAACGGCCGAGUCAAUCGCUGGACACAAACUAAACGCUGAAACCUACCUAGGUGCUGGAGCUGACUUUAAGUUAGACAUGUUUGGGCCCAGCAGCUUGGACAAGAUGUUACUCAACUGGAAGUUCAUCGCUAGCAGAAGUGAAAGCACAUUACCAGACGAGAUUUCACUGCCAGGUGAGAGUGCGUUAGCAGGCGGCGCGGGGGGUGAUGAUAUAGGCACAGUGGAUGACGCGGAUUUUUUGACCAGAAAGACUAUCCAAACAGCUCGUGCAGGAGGUGCGUGGCAGACUAAGAGAUCAAACGGUGACCCAGCUGGGGCGCACGCCAAAAAGGUUCGUGAAACGGUUGGAGACGCUGACCGGCGUAAGACCUUUCCAUGCUUCAACCAAGCGGCGACUUUGAGACGCCUGCAGAACCCGCUGCACCGACUGGAGAAGAAACCCAAUGGUCUCCAACCGGUCGGGCUCGAAGCGAUUAAACAUGCGGACAGCUACAAGCCCGGAAAGAACUCCCAACCCUCGCAACUUAGGAUUCAAUCGCAACUUGGGGCACAAUCACAAGCUGGAAUCCAGUCGCAAGGAGCGGCUCACAAUAAGGCGGUGCCGAGGAAGUAUACCUUGUGUACCGCGGAGAAUUCGCCAUGGUUCCGAAAUGAUUUUUCGUGGAGUGAGCGCCUUGGUGAAUUGAACCGGGGAGUCUUUGGUCACCAGUCGUUCAGGCCCUUGCAAGAGGAAGCCUUAAACAGCCUCCUGAGCCGCAAGGACACGUUUGUGCUGCUGCCCACCGGUGGAGGCAAGUCCAUAAUUUACCAGCUCGGCGCUGUGGCCACAUCCGGCGUUUCCAUCGUCGUCAUGCCGCUCAUAUCUUUGAUGCAAGACCAACAACAGUUCUUGGACGACAGUGGAAUCGGCUGCCGUGUUCUUCAGGGGACCCAAGGAUGGGAAGAGGUAUCUUCAAUUUACGACGAAUGUUUGUCCGAUGACGCAUUGAAGGUCCUCUUCAUUACUCCUGAGAAGAUUAGCGCGUCCUCGUCGUUGGUGUCGUUGGUGCAGAAGAUGUACGAAGCAAACAGGCUUGGUCUCAUAGCGAUUGACGAAGCACAUUGUGUAUCCCAGUGGGGAAAUGACUUUCGUCCGGACUACCGGAAGAUUAAAAGGCUCCGAGAAAUUUGUCCUUCUGUACCUUUCCUGUGCUUGACUGCUUCGGCGACGCCUGAGGUCAUUAACGACGUCUGCUGCCAGCUGGCCCUGCGCGACCCGCAAGUAUUUCUAACGUCGUUCAACCGGCCAAACCUUCGAUAUAUUGUUCACGAGCGUCAGGGGACUGGCGUUGUGGAAAUCAUCAGGUUGAUCCGAGGCAAGUUCUUAAAGAGCAAUGGCGCAGCAUGCCCUGGAAUUAUCUACUGUCUGUCACGGAAAAAUUGUGAUGAGGUUGCUGUCGAACUUAAUCGCGCCGGUAUCCGGUGUAAAGCGUAUCACAGCUCAGUAAAUAACAGGGAGACGAUACAGAAGCAGUGGAUGAAUGAUGAAUUCUCAGUCAUGGUCGCCACGAUUGCAUUCGGAAUGGGCAUCAACAAGAAGGACGUUCGUUUUGUUAUACAUCUUGCUAUGCCCAAUUGUAUAGAAAACUAUUACCAAGAAUCCGGACGGGCCGGUAGGGACGGAGAAGUGGGUGAAUGUCAUCUAUUUUAUAGUCCGAAAGACAAAUCGCGACAUCAAAUGCUACAGGACGCCAACUCCAACUUAGCGCACAAGAAAACCUCGUUGAAUGGAAUACUUGAAUACUGUACCGAUGUUAAGACAUGUAGGCGCGUACUGUUAAUGGCCCAUUUUGGGCAGCACUUUGACAAAUCGAACUGUCUGUUGAAAUGUGAUAAUUGCGCGACCACAAAAUCGGUUAGCACACGUGUGUGCGGGGCGCAGGUCAAUCGCAUAAUCGACAUUAUUGCUGCGCUGAACGUCAAGAACACAAGAUCGUGGUCUCCGGACUUGACAUUGAUCGAUCUCCGAAACAUCUUAUUGGGACACAAGAUAAAAAAGCUUCAGUUUUUCGAAGCCCAACUGAAGGAAUGCCAAGGAUUCGGCUACAUGAAACAACAGGGUUGGAAUGAGAGUGACACCCAAUCCUUGCUACAGAAGAUGAUUUCGUGUAAAGUUCUUGGCGAGAAGGUGAAGAAGCUGCCCAACAAAGGAGUGGCCACCUAUAUAUAUCCUGGUCCGCAGGCCUUCAAUGGAGCACGACUGUUAAACACUAUUGAGUUACUGGGGAAGGGUGAGUCAGAUGGUGCGAACGCGCCACUCGGCACAGCGCUCCAUAAUGAGCCCGACUAUUUUAGUUAG